CCUUCCAAGAUGGACGCCGCGCAGGACGUCGUCGACUUGAUGAAGCGCUAUCCGGAGGACACGAGCUUCUUUAUCGACUGUUGGACUUGGGGGUUUGAGGAAGUCUUUCUCGCAAUCGGGAAGACGCUGCGGGACGCCACAGGCCAAGGAGCGCGCGUACAUGUCGACCCCUAUAAAUGGUCGAUGUACACCCUCGCCGGCGAUCGCUCCCUCCCCUUCCUCACCAAGACCGCCUCUGCAACUCGUUUCCACGCCUGCGAGCGCACUCAGGAAUGCGACCACAUGUGGGAAGAUGCGAGCUUGACGAUUGGCGAAAGCGAAGCCGCGUGCCAUCUGGUCGACCACUGGACAGGACCAGUCCAUUCUGUUCCCUUGUCGCGACAAGAGCAGGAGUACUACGAGACGCAGGUGAGGGAGAGUGCGGCCCAAUCUUCUGCAGCGGCAGGCAGCUCCGCAGUAUCGCCUCUGACCGUGUACGUCAAGGUCUUGGGCACAUCGAUCGAGGAGUGGGCAACGCUGCGCGCUCAGUCACACGCGGAGAUCGACAAGGCCCAGCGUGGCGAGGCCUCCUACCCCGCAUGGCUCGCAUGCCCGCUUCAACGCCACUCGUGCCUUCCAGAGCUGCAGCGCCUCGUGCGCUCCUUUAGGCCCUGCACCGUCACUCCUACUUCGAGUCAAGAGGACCAUUACUUUCUUGCCUCGAGGCUGUUGGGGCCGUAUUUGGGGCCGGGCGGGCAGCAGAGGAUCGAGAGAGAGGCGAGGGAGGCGACUCCUAGCGACGUGUGGCGGGUGUGCGAGGAGAGAAUGCCAAGCGGGGGACUCGGCGAUGCUGAGGACUGGAACGAGGUGCUGAAGAAGUAUCACGAGGCGAGGCAGCCGCCGCUCGAUCUUAGCCAGAGUGGUGCGGUGAGCAAGGGGAGGGCGAGGGACGAGGAGCACGAAGACGCCGACGUCAGCAACAGCCGCGUGUCUGCAUCGCUCCCUGCACCGGUAGCAAGCGCGCCCAUCACCAGCAACCCGCAAGUCGCCGUCGCCGCUCCAUCAUCAUCCGCCGCAGGACCACCAAGCAUUACUUCCCCGUCCGCCUCUGGCGCCAGAAUCUUGGACGACGACCUCGCCCGCCGCUUCUUUGUCGUGCUGCGUAUGUGCGUCGUUCCGCACCUCAAGCUCCUCAACGUUCCUGGCGGGACGGAGGGCUCCGAGGCUUGGAGGGCGGUGAGGAAGCUCAAACCAGGCUGGGCGGCCACUGCCGAGAGGAUCAUGUACAAAUACACCGAGGUGUUGGGCGAUGACUGGGCGUGCAGCGCGUACGUGAGGGACGAGGUUGGGCAGACGAGGAAGAGAGUUAAGAAGGAGUCGGGUGCGAAUGCGCUAGCAGGGCCGUCGCGGCUCGCCGUCGCGGGAGGCACAAGCCGAGGAGUGGGUAGGCAAGAUGAUACGGUCACCUGCGCUGAGCUGCGCGAGGCAGACGAGGACUGGCUGCCCCUUCUCCUCUCACAGCUGGACACUCAACCCUCUGCUCCGCUCCGACUUGUCGAAGACCUCUGCAGCGCGAGCGCGACACAUCUCGCCGCCAUCCAUGCCGAGCUGGAGCUGCAGGCGGGCGUGUACGGGCGAGUGCGAACAGAAGCGAUGCAGCGCGUCAACGGGUCGGCCGUGCUUGCAAGACAGGCUGGAUUCAUUGUAGAAGGGCUAGCGAGGUCAAUCGCGCUCGUGGGGCAGGGCGAAGGUGACGAUGGGGUGGGCAUGCGCCGAGAGACCUUUCUCCGGCUCGUUGCGCUGACAGACGUGGCGUUGCAGAUUGCUGCGCUGCUUCUAGGGAGUGGUGGGGUCGAGGAAGACAUCGUGGAUCAACUACGCCCCGCUCUUGUGUCCUGCGGUGAGGGAUUGAAGAGGAUGCUUAGCUCUUUGGAGGGCGGAGGACUAGCAUGGGCGCAGCAGGAGCGAGAGGAUGGGCUGGUGUUGCUCCGCAGGCUGGAGAAGACGAUGCGCAUGGCAGAGGAGGAGGCGGCCUAGACGCGGGGGCCCUGCGCGCUUGGCAGGGGGUAUUGCUUUGCUCAUUUUAUAUCC